AUUUCUUUCGGUUGGGGGCAGCAAUGAGCAAAAUCAGACAGUAUGGGAUAAGUGUACAAACAUGGCGGAGCACACAAUCGCGUUGGGCUCGUGGUUUCAGAGCGAAUUCUGAAUGACAGAAAUUACUCGAAUUUGCUGCUGAUUCAGAUAUUCGGACAGCUGAAAGACGACAGCAUGCAUAGGUAGAAGUCAGCAUCCGAGCACUUGCGGAUUCAGUGUUUCAUGGCAUCCAGUGCUGAAGAGUUGGGUGGACUCAGAGAUAGGGCCAUGGGGUUGCCCAAAGGAGAGAAUAAUGUGUCAGAUGAUCAAGCAGGAGGUCAGCAGCACUCUCGCCAGAACCCCUCCAGGUCGUCUGCAAGUGCUAACGGGAAUCCAACGACACCGCCGUCAGGACCACAGGCAUCUGACAGCAACCUGCCAGAGGCUGAGUUGGCAGCUGAAUUCGAUUCGAAAAAUAUUAUGACCAAUCCGGAUGGAGAUAAUAAUGGUCCACAGUUGGACAGCUCUGCCAUGGCAGAUGAGGGAAACACCAACGCAAUGCCGGUGGCGAAGCCCAAACGCAAACCCAGACCCAGACCUCGCCUCACAGCCCCAAGGAAGCGAACAGCAAAACAGCAGCCACUCAAGACAGCAGCCGACGCCGACACCUCCACCACAACCACUACCACAACCACCUCCACCUCCACAACAGGUCCUCCUGAAGCUGUGUUGGAAGCUGAAGUCGAUUCAAAUAAUAUUAUGACCAAUCCGGAUGGAGAUUGUGGUCCUCAGUUGGACAGCUCUGCCAUGGCAGCUGAGGGGACCACCAACGCAAUGCCGGCGGCGGAGGCCAAACCCAAACCCAAACCCAGAGCUCGGUCCACAGCCCCAAGGAAGCGACCAGCAAAACAGCAGCCAGGCAAGACAUCAGCCGAGACCACCACAACCACAGCUCCUCCUGAAGCAGCCGCAGUCCCAGCCACCACCACAGAUCCAGCCACAGAUCAAGCUGAGGGGACCACCAACGCAAUGCCGGCGGCGGAGGCCAAACCCAAACCCAAACCCAGAGCUCGGUCCACAGCCCCAAGGAAGCGACCAGCAAAACAGCAGCCAGGCAAGACAUCAGCCGAGACCACCACAACCUCCACCACCACCACCACAGCUCCUCCUGAAGCAGCCGCAGUCCCAGCCACCACCACAGAUCCAGCCACAGAUCAAGCUGAGGGAACCACCAACGCAAUGCCGGCAGCGGAGGCCAAACCCAAACCCAGACCCAGAGCUCGGCCCACAGCCCCAAGGAAGCGACCAGCAAAACAGCAGCCAGACAAGACAGCAGCCGAGACCAACACUACCUCCACAACCUCCACCACCACCACCACAGCUCCUCCUGAAGCAGCCGCAGUCCCAGCCCCAGCCACAACCACAGAUCCAGCCGCAGCCCAAGCCACAGAUCAAGCUGAGGGAACCACCAACGCAACGCCGGUGACGAAGGCCAAACGCAAACCCAGAGCUCGGCCCACAGCCCCAAGGAAGCGACCAGCAAAACAGCAGCCAGGCAAGACAGCAGCCGAGACCACCACAACCUCCACCACCACCACCACAAUUCCUCCUGAAGCUGCCGCAGGCCCAGCUACAACCACCGCAGAUCCGGACCCAGCCACAGAUCAAGCCGCAGGACCAGCCCCAACCCCGGCCACCCCAAAGCCAGCGGCGAAGAGGAGACGGAAACAGUGGGAGUGGCCCCAGGCUACCAGCACCCCACUGGGCAAGACCGCAGCAGCCACCACCCUGGGGUCUCCGUCGUCCCUGGACAGCUCGGACAUGGAGGUGACGCCGAGCGGUCGGCCCAAGAGAAGAGCAGCUAAAGCGGCAAUUGAGUACCUGCACCACCUGACGAGCGUUCUAAAUAAGUCAAACAAAGACUUCCAUUCAAAAGACGAUGACGAAGACGAGGAUGAGGACGCAGAUGUGGACAAAGACAAAGACAACGACGAGGAAAAAGACGAGGACAAGGCUCAGAGCACGAAGAACCAGAGGAAGAAGAAGGAGGCUCUAGGCCGGGGGAGGGGCAAAAAGAGGAUGGCACCCGAACCAGACAGUGACAUGGCCGAAGACUCCGACUUCGUCCCUGAAAAGGAUGAUGAUGAAGAUGAAGAUGGGGAUGAGGAGGGGGACAGCGAGUACAUGGAUGAUGAUGAUGACGACGAUAAGGAGUUUUCCAGCCGUGCUGUGCGCAAAUUCAACUGUUCGCGAAAAAAACGACAACUGCCAUCUACUGUUUGCCUUUUUCCCCCGAGAGAAAACUACAGGCUCAACUUGAUUCAAGGUACAGCUAGCAAUGGGCUCCCGAAUAGGCUGAUGGAGCCGGUGUGGAAGACUUUCCCCGUAUACAAGGAAUUCCGUAAUGAAAACCUGCUGCCGUGGGUCUUGCCUGAGUGGAUACCGUCAGCCAAGGACUGGCAGUUUCUUACCUCAAGUGAGGCUGAGCCGUAUGUACCUCAAGAGAAGGCGUCUGCAGCGUUCAUGCUGUCACGGGAGAGACUAUCUCAGGGAAACAACCCUCAGGGAAACACCCCUCAGAGACUAAACAGGUUUGAGGCCAUGGAGUACCACAGCGAGCGCUGGGACUCCACCUUCUUCGUGGGCGGGCCCGUGUGGGCCAUGGACUGGUGCCCGUUGCCCGACGGCGCCACGGGGCUGCAGUACGCCGCGCUCUACUGCCACCGCGGCAUGGACGAGCGGCACAAGAGGAAGACCCUGCACACGGGCCCCGGCCUGCUGCAGCUCUGGGACAUGGGAGAGCUCUCCUACAGAACCAGGCCCUCCGGGGAGCCCCAGCUGUCCUACUGCCUGGCCCAGGACGAGGGCUGCGUCUGGGAACUCAAGUGGUGCCCGUCUGGGGCCUGGGAGCUCCCCUCCACAACCAGGAAGGGUCUCCUGAUGCCCAGGCUGGGCCUGUUGGCUGCUGCCUGCUCCAGUGGGAGGGUUGUCAUCUACAGCCUCCCCCACCCCAAAGCCCUGCUGGCGCACAGGAGAGACGGUGACGGCAGCCAAGGGCCUGUGAUAUGCCGGGUGUCUCCAGUGGCCAUCCUGUCUGUGGGCUCCAAUGGUCUGCAGUAUAAGGGCGAGAGCGGACAGUGCUUCACCGUCGACUGGCUGCCAAUCAAACCACACAACCUGGUGGCAGCAGGCUUCUACGAUGGCACUGUAGCGCUGUGGGACGUGAGCACCAAGUCCUCCCUGCUGCGUCUGCGCUCCCCCAGCAGGACGGCCACCCUCUUCCCCUACCACACAUUCCUGGCCCACGACGACCUGGUGCGCUCAGUCUGCUUCUGCAGGGCCUCCAGUGAUCACAUGACGACGGCCGGUGACGACCGCAUGACAAAGAUGUGGGACCUACAGAAGAGCCACACACCCCUCGUUACCACCAAACGCUACCUGACCACCGAGUCCAUUUGGCCGUUGCAGUGGUCCGGCACCGUAAUGUCUCAGGAAAACGCUUACGUCACGCUGGGCCAUCAGGGGCUUCACUAUGUAGAGUCAGGCUUCAUGGGCCUCAGGCACUUGUUUAUGCUCCCAAGGAAGGCCACCGUUUGGAGCGUGUCCAUGUCAGAGUGGCUGAACUGCUGUGUGACUGGCGACGGCAUCGGGGAGUUGAUGAUGAUGCUGGUCCCCACACUGGGCAGGAACGCCCUCCACCUCAAGAAGACCAAUGAACGCAGAUUUCCGGUGUACAGGGGCGACAUGGUGCACUUCGGCCCAGAGACGGAGGCCCAGAGUGGGCCAGAAGAUGAAGGUGAUAAGGGUACCCAUGGAGAUGGUGAUGGAGGUGGAGGAGAGGGAGGGAGUGCUGCUGAGGAGAGAGUGCUGCCUAGUGACCCAGGAGGGAGUGGUGCUGAGGAGAGCGUGCUGCCUAGUGACCCAGGAGGGAGUGGUGCUGAGGAGAGCGUGCUGCCUAGUGACCCUGCAGCAGAGCCCAACACCUACAGGGAAGCGGUGAAGAAGUACUACAUCCACUUCCACGACUCAGACAUGAGGAGUUUCAAAGAUGCAAAGACCAGACCCAGCAUCAAGCGGAUGAAGACCACCGAGGUCAAAGGGAUCCUCGCCAUCGACCGAAUGCCGCUCUCCUCACUACAUAAGGUGCGCUUCAAUCCCAACCUGGGCGCCAGCACGUGGGUGCUGUCCGCUGGGCAAGCGGGCCUGGUGCGGGUGCACUGCCUGCGGACGCUGGAGGCCUCGGUCAUGGAGAAGCUGCAGAGGGAGAGCUCCGUGCAGUUCUCCGCCAUGUUCCCUGCCCAGGACGGGCCCGACGCCGCCACCACCGUCCAGAGCAGCACCGAGGGCACCGUGCUCGUCUCCUAGCGCUAGCACUAACGCCAGCACCCACCUCAAGCAUGGAUGGAUGGAUGAAUGGAUGGAUGGAUGGAUUGAUGGAUGGAGGACUCACCCACCCAACCCAACCUAUUUGGAGUAGACUGGACAUAGGACUAAGGACAGUGUGCUCUGGUUUGCAACCCACCCCAAGCUUGGAUGGAUGGAUGGAUGGAUGGAUGGAUGGAUGGAUGGAUGGAUGGAUGGAUGGAUGGAUGGAUGGAUGGAUGGACUCAUCCACCCAACCCAACCUGUUUGGAGUGCCACAGAGGGCUGAGGACAGUGUGCUCUGGGUUGCAUCCAGCACACCAAAGCUUGGAUGGAUGGAUGGAUGGAUGGACUCACCCACCCAACCCAAACUGUUUGGAGUAGACUGAGGACGGUGUGCUGUGGUUUGCAACCAGCACACAAAAGCUUGGAUGGAUGACCCACACACACACACCAGCCUGUGGUGCUUUUCUCGAAAGCGUCGUUGCUAACUAAGUUUUACUUACUUGGUAAAUUGCAAUGCAAUUUCCCCAUAGGCAACCUACUAAGCUGCUAACGGGUUAACAACAUUGAUCCUGUUUGGAGCACCACAGAAGACUGAGGGCACUGUGCUCUGUGCUCCAACCAGCACACCGAAGCUUGAAUGGGUUACCCACCCACCCAAUCAAAUCUGUUUGGAGAUCCACAGUGGACUGAGGACCUUGUGCUCCACCAAUCUCUUAAGAGCACCACUUACAGUAUCUCACCUCUAUCAGGGCAGCAAGUAAGGGAGUAGACAGUGAAAAAAACAAGCCACCAGUGCACAGGUGAUUCAGGAAGUAAGUCACUUGAAUUAAGUUAUGGAGCUCCACAGAUGACUAAGGACACUGUGCUCUGGGUUCCAACCAGCACACCAAAGGUUGGGAGCUGCCCUGUUUCCAACAAUGUUCCUGACCUCUCUCCUAUGGUAACAUCACAAUAAUGGACACAAUAAUAAAGAGAACUCUGGUCUCUGGUGUAGCGCCACACAAAACGUGUCUUCCCCUCCCUCACCUGUUCAGAAUAGCACCAUGGACCAUAAUUUGCGGGCCUAUCUGCUCUGCGUUCCGAGCACCACACCACACCCCAAUCAUGCCAGCUUACCCACCUCUAACAAUGUUCCUGACCAUCAGAACAACACUUAGAUGAUGUAUGACGUUCAUUAUGUCUUUAGGCUAUAACCGUUUUAGUUCUUUUGUUUCAGACAUGUAAAAGUUUAUCUUUUACCUGACGUGUUUCGACGGUGAAACUUCCGUCUUCCGUCACUUCUGUCAGGUAAAAGAUAACAAACUUUUACAUGUCUGAAACAAAAUAACCCAAACAGUAACACUCAGAUGAACUGCACCCCUCAUUCACCAACUCUCUUCACAGCAGCAAAGAACAAUGUGAUCUGGUUUGCUAUGACUACACUAACACUUACACCCCCCCUACCCCCCAAAUCAGGGUAUCAAGUAAGGAAGUAGACAAUGAGAUAAACACGCCACCAGUGCAGAGGUGUUCCAGGGAGUAGACAGUGACCCAAACAAGCCACCUGUACACAGGUGUUCCAGGAAGUAGGGUUAGUCACUUACAUUAGGUUACAAUAUGUGUCAAUUUUCAAGUAGGGAAAUCUUGUUGUAUUUUUUUCUCCAGUAAAAAAGUUGGCACUUUCCAUGAAGUUUGUAUGAAUGUGUUAGUGUUACAACACUUGAUGAAUGUGAAUUAUAUGAAUACAAACUUCAUUGAAAGUGUUAAUGAAAAAUGAAAUGUAAAAAGUCACAGAGGUCCUCUACAAGAACGUUAAGCACUUUCUUUGAUAUAAUUGACCCUGGUCAAGUGGAAUAUUCUACAGUUGAGGUGCCCAGAUGUGAACAUACAUUCAUGUGGACACUGAUGAUAGUCUGAUGCCUUCUGCAGAUAGAGGGACAGACUGAUGCACAGGACGACAGAUGAGCAGUUGUUGGGGAAACUGGUGGGUCUAUGGUCAUCUGUUAUGGUUUUCUGUCCCACUGUCUCUGUUUUUUUUUAAAGAGAAAAAGACUGUGAAACAAGCUUUACUUGUUCCAGAUGUUCUACUUGUUUCACAUGUUACCGUUUUUAAUAUUUUUACGAUUUCUAAUUUGAUUGUAAAUAAAUGCUGGAUGUAACACUUGAACUUGAACUUGGCCCAAAGCCCAAGAGAGAUCUCUUGAAGCUGGCACUUGGAACGAUCGGCUCUUCCGUUUGUCUCUUGUUGUACUCGCAUAGGGGGGGGUCGAUUUCUCUUUGUUAAUCGCUUUUAUAUGUUAUUUAUUUUGUGUGAGAGCUCUGGUAAUUGACCGUUGAACUUUUAUUAAAAAUUACAUCUUUUUUCCAUUUC